AUGGCGCUACAUGUCCCAGCAACCGCCGCGGAAACCGAAUUCUCCCGGAAGGACGAAGAUGUAACCGACGUUUUCCAUGAAACCGAAUACGUGAGCCGCGGAUGCUGUUCCUUUUUUCGUUUCCCCUGUUUCAAAUCGGAGAAAUGGGAGAGGAUUUCGGCCUCGGAGAGAGAGCAAGAAGUGAGUAGCAGUGGGAGUCUCUGGGGUAAGGGAAUCCAUGCGGUGAAGAAAGUGAGGGAAUGGUCGGAACUCGUCGCCGGUCCGAAGUGGAAGACCUUCAUCCGCCGGUUCAAGAAGACACCUGCACGGCCCAAGCCGGGGAAAUUCCAGUACGACCCCUCCAGUUACGCAUUGAAUUUCGAUGAAAGCAGCCAAUUCGAGGACGAGAGGAUUUUCCGGGACUUCUCCUCGCGGUACGCGGCGAUCCCGGCGCAGAACGGUCAGUUGAAGGACGUUCCGAUAUUCGCGUGA